AUGUUACACAAAUUAUAUUCAUCUAUAAUUCAUUAUUGUGUAUUUGGAUUAAUUUAUUCAUUACUAUUACCAUUAUUAUUAUUGUUAUCUAUUGAAACUUCAUUCAUAUCAAUAUGGAUUAAUGGACAAUCUGUGAACAGUUUAUCCAAUUCAGCAUCAGAUACUCGCCAACCACGUAGUCCGACACGUUUGGGUUAUUUAAUACGUGUUGGUCAAAGCUUAAAUUUAACAUGUCCUGGUGAUGCUGUGUUUUAUCAAUGGAGUCUUGUUGAUCAACCAUCACAAAUCUUAUCAGAAGAACAAUUUUACACAAUUAAAUCAGCUACAUUGAAGGAUUCUAAUCGUUAUAUAUGUCACGCUGUACAUGGUUAUGGAAGAAGUUCCGUUGAAAUGUCUGUUCGUGUUAUAGAUUUCUCUUCAAUAACAGCACAGCAUGAAUGUGCUGUAGGCAGUAAAACAGGGAAUGUCAAUACAAAUGUUUUAUCUUUAUUAUUUUCGGCCAAUAAUUUAAACGAUGUACAAUUUGAACUGAUGCAUAUCGAUAUAAUAUACUGUACAUCUUAUUUUAGUUAUGAUUGAGUAGCUUACUGAUUAACUGAUCGAAUUCGUUUCAAUGUGGAACAUUUUUCUUUGUUUUUGAAAAGAAAAACUUAUUCCCUAAUGAAAUUUACAGAUAUUACUAAUUACAAUAUCAUAUGAAGUCUGUUAUUUGAGAAUAUACUAGAAUCGGAAUAAAUGUUCAUGCUUUUCAAUUAACUUGAUUAAAAAAGAAUACUGUCUUCAAAAGUAAUUGAUUUUCCGUGUGAAUUUUUCUUCAAGUUGAUUCUGUCCAACUAAUCAUUCAAGUAAAUGUAAUCUCUAAAUAAUAUAUUAUGAAAUAACGAAUACUAAUGUAUUUAUACGGAGGCUUAUACUUAUGUAUAUAUGUGUGCAUAGUCAACCACAAGCUUGUUUUUAAUAAUAUCCAACUAGCCAUAUAUUCUCUCUUUCACACACACACACACACACAC